ACGCGCUCCCGAAGAGAGCCGGGGAACAGAGAGGGGAAGAUGGGAGGAGAAGAUGCCCAGUGACGGGACUGAGACCGGGACCGGGUCCAGCAGCACCGGGACUGGGUCCAGCAGCACCGGGACCACAGGGACCAGUAAGGGGUCCAGCAGCACCGGGACCAGCAGCACCGGGCCUAGCACCGGGCCCAGUAAGGGGUCCAGCAGCACCGGGACCACCGGGCCUAGCACCGGGCCCAGUAAGGCGUCCAGCAGCAGCACCGGGACCGGGUCCAUGCAGAGGCUGCUGCCGGUGGCGGUGACGGUGUCCGGUGCGCUCGCGCUGCUGCUGCUGCUCCUCGCGCUGUGCACGGACCACUGGUAUGAGACCGACACGCACCGCCACAAAGAGAACUGCGACCGGACCGGAACCGAGUCCUCUGACCAGCAGAACCGCGACAUGCCGAUCUACCACCUGCCGCUGCUGGAGUACGGGGGGGGGACGCGCGCGCGCAGCAAGCCCGUGCAUGUGGGCAGCCGCGAGGACGAGCUGCUGGAGAACUGGCGCGCGAUCCUCGGGAUGGGCAUCCUCGAGACCGCGUGCGGGAGGCCGCUGUUUCCCGCGCACUCCGGACUGUGGAGGAAGUGCUUCUGCGCGGGAAGAGACCCGGACAUCGACCGGCUGAUCGAUAGGGGGAUCGCCGAGCGCUGCACGCCCGUGAAGUAUCACUUCUCUCAGCCAAUCAGACUGCGGAACAUCCCUCUGAACCUGACCAGGAGCAUCCAGCAGGACGAGUGGCACCUGCUGCACCUGCGCAGGAUCACAGCAGGGUUCUUGGGCAUGGCAGUAGCAGUGCUGCUGUGCGGAUGCAUCGUGGCGUCAGUGGGUUUCUACUGGGAGGAGAGUCUCACCCAGCAUGUGUCCGGACUGCUGUUCCUCAUGGCAGGGGUGUUCUGCACCAUCUCCCUGUGCACGUAUGCAGCCAGCGUGACCUACGACCUCUCCAGGAACCCCCCCUUCAUCUACGGGCUGCCCCCUGACGUGGACCACGGGUUCGGAUGGUCUCUCUGCUGCGCCGGGGCGAGCCUGACCCUCAGCGCCGCCGCAGGCUGCCUGGGAGCCGCCGCCCCCUUCCUGCGCGGCGAGACGGGGGUCAAGAGCAGGGCGAGCUCCGUCUGAGCUGUCAAUCAGAGGGUCAUGUGACCAGCUGUCAAUCAGAGGGUCCUCCUUCUGAGCUGUCAAUCAGAGGGUCCUCCGUCCGAGCUGUCAAUCAGAGGGUCCUCCGUCCGAGCUGUCAAUCAGAGGGUCAUCUGACCAGCUGUCAAUCAGAGGGUCAUCUGACCAGCUGUCAAUCACCCGGGUCAUGUGACGAGCUGUCAUUCAAGAUUCAAGGCUUUGAAUGUCAUUUGUACAUAGCUACAGUUUAGAUAUGUCAAUGAAAAUCUGAGGUCACAGGCUCCUCCUCCAACAGAUUUACCGGGUCAUGUUUGAGCUGUCAAUCAACCGGGUCAUGUUUGAGCUGUCAAUCAACCGGGUCAUGUGACCGAGUCUCUAAUGUAACGCACUGUUAACCUGAAGCAAAGUGUUUGUAAGACUGUGUGUCCACACACACACACACACUCUAUCAGUAUUCAGGACUCUGUGGCUGCAGUGAUGUUCAGGUGCACUGCGGUACACUGUGACAUCACUUCUGGGCGUAGCCAAUCACAGCCUCUCAUUAUGCUAACCUCCUCUCAGCCAAUCAGGGCAAGCUGAACAUAUGUAUGACCUUCCCCCCCUCAUGUUGUCAGAGUUAAUGCCCCCCCCCCCCCCCAGGAGAGAAGUUAGCGUAAUGUAGAGCACCAGAGCAGCUAACGUGCUAACAAGCUAGCUGCAGCAGCUAACGUGCUAACAGGCUAACUGCAGCCAAUCAGAAUACACCAAUGUGUGCACUUUAUAACCCCCGCCCUGCAUAACCUGCACGUUUAUUAUGACGUGAGAAACAGGUUCACCUCAGAGGACUUCAGGGGCUCCAACAGGGGAACAUCAGCCCCACUGCAUGCUGGGAGGAAUCUGUAAAUACCACUCUCACAUUACAUUACAUUACAUUACAUUACAUCACAUGUCACAUGUUAGACGCUUUUAUCCAAAGCGACUCACAUACUCAGUACUGUGGGCAAUCCCCACAGGAGCACUUUGGGGUGAAGUGUCUCAGGGACACAACGACAUGCUGACUGCAGUGGGGCUUGAACCUGUGCUCCCCUGAUCCCAACACCAACGCAGUAGUCCACUGCGCCACUGACCCCCCCACUCUGUAAAUACCAAACUGACCCCCCCACUCUGUAAAUACCAAACUGACCCCCCCACUCUGUAAAUACCAAACUGACCCCCCCACACAGGAAACUGAUAAUUAAUUAUAAAUAUAUAAGAGCAGGAGUCCCACAGAUUUCAGCCUGCAGCCACAAUAACCCAGAGUACACAUAAAUAUAUAUAAAUAUAUAUAAAUAUCCCUUAUUCAACAGGGUCCGUCUGACGCUGAGAUGUUAUGGUGAUGAUGGUGAUGGUGAUGAUGAUGAUCUUGUUGAUGUUGUUGAUGAUGAUGAUGAUGAUGUCACAACACACACUGUAGGGCUGUCGGAAGGAAACAGCAGUAAGUCUGGAGACUGUCUGACUCAGCGUUAGCUCAGAGUUAGCUCAGAGUUAGCUCUGCGUAAGCUCAGUGUUAGCUCAGAGUUAGCUAACGCAGCGUCCACACGUCAGCGUGUCUGAAGCUCGACCAACACCCAAUCACAUGAAUCUCCCACCCCGGACACACAAGCACGCGGUUUGAUUGGCUAGAGCUUGUACUGGCAUAUGAUUUGAUUGGCUGACGCUUCCGUCGAAUCUUCAAAAGUUGACAUUUUCUCAACUUUCAAGCAAAGCGAAGCGACGGAACCACAAUGCAGUUCGGCAAAGCGUGACGUCACCCCAUUCAAAGUGAAGGGGAAGAAGCGUUGAAGCUUCAACGCACGCCGCCAUGUGGACGGACCGUAAGCGUUGGCUCAAAAUUAACUCAGCAUUAGCUCAGAGUUAGCUCAGUGUUAGCGCAGCGUUGGCACAGCUCUGAUAGCUCAGAGUUAGCGCAGCGUUAGCACAGCUCUGAUAGCUCAGAGUUAGCUCAGCAUUAGCUCAGAGUUAGCUCAGCUCUGAUAGCUCAGCUUUAGCUCAGUGUUAGCUCAGUGUUAGCUCAGAGUUAGCUCAGCAUUAGCUCAGCUCUGACCCAGACGUCCCAGCACUAAACCCUUCCUCAGUAUAAACACAGAGUUAAAGCAGCAGGAUGUAAACGUGAUUAAACUGAGAGUCAGUUUGUGCAGAGGGUUAGGAGGGCAGGUUUGAGAGAGUACCGCUCCAGACUGCAGGUGUUCAGAGAGAUGUUUCAGGGUCACACACACACACACACAUGUAUAUGCAGCGUCUUCUGUUUGCUUAUUUAGAGAGUAUAUGAACUGCAGUCCAUGCUGACUCUGAAGAACUCUAACAGACCGGAUCAGCUGCUGGGCUCCAUGGACUGAGCUGUACCCUCUAUUACCCUCUGAUACGCCCCCUUUACCCUCUGAUACCCUACCUUUACCCUCUGAUACCCCCCCUUUACCAUCUGAUACCCUACCUUUACCCUCUGAUACCCCCCCAUUACCAUCUGAUACCCUACCUUUACCCUCUGAUACCCCCCCAUUACCCUCUAUAACCCUCUCAUACCCUCUGAUACCCCCCCUUUACCCUCUAUAACCCUCUCAUACCCUCUGAUACCCCCCUUUACUCUAUAACCCUCUGAUACCCCCCCUUUACCCUCUAUAACCCUCUGAUACCCCCCCUUUACCCUCUGAUACCCCCCCUUUACCCUCUAUAACCCUCUGAUAUCCUACCUUUACCCUCUGAUACCCCCCCUUUACCCUCUAUAACCCUCUGAUACCCUACCUUUACCCUCUGAUACCCCCCCUUUACCCUCUAUAACCCUCUGAUACCCUACCUUUACCCUCUGAUAC